AGAGAAACCAAGAUGUCGACCGAGUCAGCUGAUUCAAUAAACAAGAUGGCGACCAAUUCAGCUGAACAAGCUGACAAUAACAAGACUGAAAGACCUAAAUUAAAAGGUCGUAGCGUUCUCCCAGUUCAACAGCCUGAGAAGGUUAAUGUGAACUUGUGGUCCUACCUUAAACAAUGUGUUGGUAAAGAACUCUCCAAGAUUACAAUGCCAGUUCAUUGGAAUGAACCCCUUUCCCUUCUUCAGAGGAUAUCAGAGUACAUGAAUUACUCCCAUGUACUUCUACCAGCACACACCUCAUAACUUUUCGGUCUUUGUUAUAUACUUUUUUAUUUCUNAGCUAGUAAUCAAGAUAGGUUCGUUUCAUAUCUAGCUAGUAAUCUAGAUAGGAUGGGUAAACCGUUUAAUCCACUUCUAGGGGAAACAUAUCAACUGGAGCAGGAACAUUUCAGAUUUGUUUGUGAACAGGUUGGUCAUCAUCCUCCUGUUUCAGCUUUUCAUGCAGAAUCCCAAAACAAGGAGUUUAUCUUCCACGGAUCUAUUUAUCCUAAAGUCAAAUUCUGGGGUAAAAGUAUAGAGUUCCAACCUAAAGGAACAAUGACUGUGGAACUACCUCUUGCUGGGGAAACGUAUACUUGGUCCAAUGUGAAUUGUGUUGUCCACAAUAUUAUUGUUGGAACACUGUGGAUGGAACACACUGGAACUAUGGAGAUUGUCUGCCAUCAAACAGGCUUGAAGGCAGUUAUUUCAUUUAAGCCUGGAGGCUGGUUUUCAGGCACUGAUGAUCUUCAUACCGUAGAGGGUUUCAUCAUAGACAAAAAUAAAACUAAACUCCGGUUUCUGUAUGGCCGUUGGACAGAGUUCCUAUGUAGUGCUGACCCAACUAUGCUCGCCUCAAUGCUUAACUGCAAACCAGAGAAAAUGGACCCUAGUGCCAGUAAUUUACCCAAGCAUCCUCCUCUUCCACUUGGGGCAAUCCCUGACAGCAAAAUCUUGUGGCAGGCAGAUCCAAAACCUGAGCACUCCUCCCUAUACUACAAUUUCUCCUCGUUCACCAUGAAGUUGAAUGAGGCUGGACAAGGCGGGGUGUUGGCUCCUACAGAUUGCAGACAUAGGCCUGAUAUUAGAGCUUUGGAGGAGGGAGACCUUGACGCGGCCUCCGCGCACAAGGAAGCCUUGGAGAACAAGCAGAGGGAAGCCAGGAAGCAGUUCAAGAAUAAGAAGGAGCAGGAUUGGUGGCAACCAAGAUGGUUUCAUCCUGAUACUCAUCCUUAUACAGGAGACGAAAUCUGGAGGUUCAAACAGGAAUUCUGGUCCGGACAAUUUGACGGUGCUCCAGAUAUAUUCUAGAUCCAAUAUAUCAGAAUAUAUUCUAGAUUUAAUAUAUCUGACUAUAUUCAACAUCCAUUACACCAGAACAUGAGACCUAAUAUAUGAGAAUAAGAUCCAUAUUUAAAAUCUAUUUAGUUUUGGCGUCACUAAGUUAUUUCUUUUGAUCUGAUUCAUCCCUGACUUUAUCUCAAUCUGAAUCUCGUUCAAGAAAAUCAAUCAAACAUUUUAGUUUUUAAAACGCGCAUUUUGUUUUAUUUUUUGCAAAAAGAAUCAAGACAAGAGGGUUGUAAGGGUAAAGUGUAACUUUUUACAUCAAAAUUUAUUAAAUUCGUGUGACUGAUGCUUAUAAAAAGUUUGCACCUAUGACAGUUUUUUAAAAGCUUUCAAUCAAGGAACAGUAAAAUGUUGAAUAUUUUCGUACAAGUUUAUCCCGAUGCACAUCUAGUGAUAUUAUGUAUAUUUGUACAUAAACCUGUGUACAUAAAUGUACACAAUCCCAACUGUAAACAAUCAACCACCAAGAAUUUUAACAAAUCAAAUUCCGAAAUUUCUGAUUUAAAAAAGUGCCGCUCAAUGUUAACGUUUCUCGUUAAAACACUUAUAAUAUAAAUGCACAUUGAACAUUCCAGAAGUUGAUUUUAUAUUUUAUUCAACCAAAAUUAUGAAGGCCUAAUUAUUUACCGGUUGUUCCUUGACUAAGGUACUGCUUAAAAAAGAAAUACUCGACAGCAAAAUAUAUGUAAUAAAAAAUAAUAUUUUAACCAAGACACAUUUAUCCGUUUUUAAUGUUGAACUUCUUAAAAAUAGUGACUUAGCUUGUUCUAACCAUGUAGCCUGGGGUUCAACCUAUUAAAUAGUAAAAUUAUGCAAAUCAUCUGUAUGUAUUACUGUACUGAGUGUACUGUAAUGUAAUGAUAUAUAAAAUAUAAAGUUUGUAAAUUAAAUAAAUGAUAUGUAAAUAA